AUGGACGAAAAAGUCGAACUUAUUUUAGUGCCAUGCCACUCAAUAUGGAAGUCCUCAUCGCAUCCUAGUGAUAAUUCAGUUAAUUUGGGUCAAUUACCUGAAUACUGGCAUUUAGCUCCGUUUCAGUAUGAGGGUAAUGAUCAUUUAGCAUUCAUCAAACAUGGCCUAACUGCUAUUAAACUACUCCUACAAAGAUUCGACACCGCUACCGUUAUCUUCAGUGGAUCCCAAACGAAAAAAGAGGCAGGCGCUAUAUCUGAGGCACAAAGCUACUAUUUUUUAUUUGAAAAGUUGAUUAGAUAUGUGAUGAGCAAUGAUAACAUCGAUGUUCCAAACUUUGAUAACGAGCUGCGUCUUUUAUUAAAAGAGGUCAAAAACUUGCUAUCAAGUCAAAAUGUAAAUGUUGAUGAAUUGUUCUAUGGUGGUUCAAUCACUACUGAAGAGUUCUCGCUGGACUCAUUUGAUAAUUUAAUUUAUUCUAUAUAUAGAUUUGAGGAAGUGAAUAAAAAAUUCCCACAGAAAAUAACUAUAAUAGGGUUUGCGUUUAAGAUGCCAAGAUUCAUCAGCUGUCAUGCCAAGGCCAUUGAUUACCCACAAUCAAACAUAACCUACAUAGGAAUUGACCCUAAACCAGCAAACUACAACCAAACACAACUUUCAAAAUACUAUGAUGAUCUAGUACAAAUGGAAGAUAAAAAUGCACUAAGCUUAUUUUCUUCAGAUUGGUACGCUACAAAGGAUAGAUUACUCACCAAGAAAAGAUCUCGCAACCCAUUUAACAGAACUGCACCGUACGCUCAGAAUAUUUUCUGCAAAGAAAACGGCAAGAGGAUCGAGGGAAUCGAGGAUGACGAGGAAUAUUUUGAAACAAAAAUUAAGUGUAAAAUGCCAUGGUCGUCGCCAAGACAAUAA